AUGGAAGCAAUUCCAGACGUAGUUUUAAACUGCGUGCAGCCAAUAGCCGACAAAGCAGCAGUAUUAAACAAGAGAGACGACUCAACUUCAUCACGUGAUAUUUCCAAUGUGAGUUUUGUCAAUUUAGAAGUGGACAUUCACGAAUCUCCGAGACCCGGGAGCCCGACUGAAUUUCUUAACAGCAGUUCUUCAAUCAUCGGUGAUCAUAACCAGAAUGGUAAAGUCUCGCAAAUCACUCCUAGCUCCUUUGUACCUCAGAACUCAUUCGAACUGCAAUUGAAACAAACGAGCGACGAAUGCUCCUCUUCAUCAGUGAUCGGGGAGAUUAUGGAAGCGAAGUUCAGAUUGAAACCGAGAGAUGACAAUUCCAGACACAACGUGUACUAUAGAGAUACCAGCCACAACAAUAGCAACCUCCCUUUGCCCGAAAAACAUUACAAUUGCCCGGAGCGUGCUUCGGAUGAUUUACGACAGACUAGACAACUGACGAGGUCGAAGUCUAACGAUGAGCGAAAUAUGAGGCAUUUCGGCGGCAUCUCGUCUCGUGCUUCGUCUCUUCCGAGUGGUGAGGGGGGAGCAGAGAGUGAGAGGGGGAGUGUGUUUACUGAAGUUGACAUUGAGAUGGAUGAAUUAAAAGUGAUUCAGAGAAUGGUCGAGGCGGAGGAGACAAGAGAGAAACUCCAGAGAGUUUUUGGAUUCUACACUUUCACCAAGAUGGUAUUAAUGAUGAAAAAACUCUUCGCAAAGCAACGAAAGUCCAAUGAUAAAAACGAUUGCGAACUCACAGAAGGCUGUGGCAAAAACAAUCUUCAGGGAACUUCAGGCGAAAGUACUACUCUUGCAUUCGCACUCGAAAACACGAAAAGGCUCGGUACAAUUUUGAACUCAUUCGAAAAAAUCGAGAAACGCACGAACAUGCCAAACGCCAUUCGCAUUACAAGAUUGUGCUUAUGCAUAGCUAUAAUCGUGCACUGGAACGCUUGUAUAUUUUUCCUUAUUUCUGAAAAAAUGACUUUGGGUUCGGACAACUGGGUUUUCGGAGGUUGCGACGAGCCUGAACUACAAUAUUUUUCAUACCAGUAUUUAUAUUCCAUGUAUUGGUCCACUUUAACUCUCACUACAAUUGGAGAGACGCCUCUACCUGAAAACGACUCUCAAUUUAUAUUCAUGGUAGGCGACUUUCUUCUGGGCGUCAUUAUUUUCGCUACUGUAAUCGGAAACGUUGGAACAACAAUCAAAAACUUCCAAGCUAACGAGACGAAAUUUAAGUCCCAGCUUGACACUGUCAAACAGUAUAUGAACUUUCGAAGAGUUGACAGGAAACUGGAGCGCAAAAUAAUCCAUUGGUUCGACUACAUAUGGGACAAUCAAAAAUCGAUCGACGAACAAGCUUUGAUUGAUAUUCUUCCGCCGAAACUUCGUGCUGAGAUUGCGCUGCAUAUUCACGUCGAAACUUUGAAACGGGUGGCAAUUUUCUCCGACUGUGAGCCUGGUUUUCUAAUCGAACUUGUACUGAAACUGAAACCCGAAGUUUUCAGUCCCGGUGAUUUCGUAUGUCGAAAAGGCGACGUGGGAAAGGAAAUGUACAUCAUCAAGCAAGGGUUCCUCGACGUAGUUUCCGAAGAUGGUUCCAAAGUGUUCGCGACGCUCAAACCGGGGAGCUAUUUCGGGGAAAUCAGUAUUCUUGGAAUUGAGGGAAACGUGAACGGCAAUAGGCGAACUGCAAAUAUACGCAGUCAAGGAUUUACAGACCUAUUUGCACUGUCUAAGACGGACUUAAUGCAGGCAACGAGAGAUUACCCUGAAGCUAAAGAGAGUCUGAUUGAAAAGGGGAAACAAAUACUCAUUCGAGACAACAUGUAUAAGGCGCCGAUGGAAACGGCGUCCACAUCCAAGAAAUGCGAGAAAAAAGUAACGGAAAAUUGA